UGUAGUUAACUACGUGAUAUCUGUCCAGGUGCGGGAGAGCCCAGUGGCUUACUCUGCCCUUCCCAACGCGCUCAGUCACGGCAGCCCGCUCUGAGCGCAGCUCCCAGCUGCGGGGCUGGCGCUGGGGCAGCUGCAGCCCCCGCGGGAUGAGCAAGCGACAGGCGGUUCCAAGGGCCAUCGCAGCGCUGGGCAAGGGGACGUUUCUGCGGAGCUGUCUCGUCCGGACGCCCGUCCGCGCCCACGUCCCCAGAGGAGUCCAACGGCAUUUUGCACGCAGCCGCACGUCCGCCGGCGGGGCCGUCAGCUUCGUGCCGUCGGUGCGGCGCGGCGUUGCUCAACUCCCGGGCACUGACGUCCCUGGAGUGCCGCAAGCGGGGGCAAAGGUGCCGUUCCUCCCCCCCGGCACUGCGGCCCGAGCCCCAGCGGGGACGGGGGCACGGAGCCAGGGACGCGGCGCUGCCCAGCGGGACCGGAGCCCGAGCGGGGCGGGGAGGGCGGCGGGGAGACGAGAGCCGAGCGGAGCGGCAUAAAAGCCCCGCAGAGGCGGACACGAGGAGAGCCGAGGCACGGGGCCAUGGAGCAGUACUUCUCGGCCACGCAGAAGAUGGAGCAGGAGGUGAUGUUCCCCAGCCUGCUGCGAGGGGUCUUCCCGCAGGAUGGAUCCGACCCAGCCGCCGGCGGCCCCGCGGAUCUCUACGAGCGCUACCAGCUCCUCAAGGCCAUCAAGCCCGUGGUGGAGCGAGGCCUGGCCUCCGUCACCGAGCGCGGCUUCGCCGGAGACUCCGACUCCAACUCCGACGCCGACGACGCCGCGGCCGCAGCCGACGGGGCGGACAGCAGUCUGGAGCAGCGGCUGUGCCACCACCUGGCCGGGCUGCAGCAGAUCCUCAGCCACCUCACCAGGGACACCGCCGCCCUCACGCGCCGCUACAGCCAGAUCCUGGAGCGGAUCAGCCCCGGCGACGCGCAGCCCAGCUGGUGACCCCGCGUCCCCACGGGAAGAGCCGGCGGUGCCCCGCGGCGCUGCCCCUCUCCGUCCUCCGCUCCGUUCUCCGGCUUCGAACUCCCGCGCCGAGCUCGGACGGAGCCGCGCGGCGCCGGCGUCUUCGGGCUGGAUCCCGGAGUCGCGCGGCGUUCCGCUCUCUUUGCUAAUAAAAGGAACU